AUGAAUCAAUCAAUCAAUCUUUUCUUGUCAAUUUCCUAUCAUCAAUUUUCUGCCUUCUUCUUUCCAGAUGAAGGAAUUCUGAAGAUGUAUCUCCGUGGCCGUUGUCUCAAUCUCUACGCUCCAACAGAUAUUGCCACCGACUACACCUUCUCCGCUACCCUCCCUGAACCGGAAGAGCAACUCAAGUUGGAAUGGGUAUAUGGAUAUCGAGGGAAAGACUGUAGGAAUAAUGUGUACCUCCUCCCCACGGGAGAGAUCAUCUACUUCGUUGCAGCUGUGGUGGUCCUCUAUCACCUGGAGCAGCACAGUCAACGACACUACUUGGAACACAACGAUGCCAUCAAAUGGUGA